AUGUUUUAUAGAAAUUAUUAUUGUUGUUGGUUGUUUAGCUAUUGGAAGAGAAACACCCUGACAAAGCCAGACAGUAGGUCUGCCGUUGUUGAAUGGUUUCAAAAGAUUGAGGCACCAAGAGGUGCUGGAAUGAUGCCUAACACCAAUCAAAUUGCUGAAUGGUUCCACGGAAUGAUAACGAGGGAGGAGUCAGAAGGGCUGCUAUCCAAUCAGAAACCAGGAUCAUUCUUGAUAAGAGUGAGUGACAAGAUAUGGGGCUAUACGGUUUCUUACAAAUGCCAAGAGAAGUGCAAACAUUUUCUACUUGACGCCUCCCCACUGAGUUCGCAGCCAACUUCACUCUCAUCCCCUUACAGAUUCUUCGGUGCCAACUCGAAGCUACAUGAUACACUCUAUGACUUUGUACAGUAUCACAAGACUGAGCCUAUUUCAAUGAAAGGUAACGAAUUCCUAAUUAAUGCCUGCGGCCAGGCGGACCCUAGCAAACCGGACUACAAGGAUCUUUUCCAAGUUCAAUGA